AUGCCCAGACUUCGAUCAUUCUUCAAACGACUUGUUUACCCUAGUUCCCCUUCUUCCCACGAGACCAACUCCUCGCAUUACCCAACACCCGUUCAUCUGCUACCUAAAUGGGUAGAUCCGUACUUCAAACCCAAGGUGUUUCAGAGACUCUCACCAGUGCAUCAUUUGAUCCUCGACUACCUCUUCCUAUGCAAACCAGCUCUAAUCGUUACGCUCUCUCAAGCAUUAUACGAUAAAUACAUUCCUAUCUUAUACCAUGAUAUCAUUAUGCGUCCAUACGCAUUUAGCGGUCUAUUCAGAACAUAUAGUAGAGGAUGCGAAGAUGACAAUAAUACUAUACGAGCAUACAAAUUCACGGAAAUUUUGCAUCUGAUGGAUACUAGUAAUUCAUUCCAGAUUUCAACUGUAACAUGCGGAGAUCAACCUGUUUUCGUACCUCAUUCCAACCUUUUCGAGAACGUCAGAAAGAUUGAUUUAGGAUGGGAAGUGUACCUCGCUCAAGGAGAUGAGAGUUUGUAUUGGAUGUUCAUCGAUUUCGCAUCAAAAUUGGGCGAACAGCUUAAGGAAGGUGUGGUGGAUGAAUUAAUUGUGGAAAUCAAAGAUGGUUCAAGGAUGGUUGAUCACAGGAAGUUGAUUAGACAAUACGAACAAGCUGUCAAACCUCAAGUUAUCACAUUUCUCGUUACGCAACCAUUCACACCGAAUGACGAUAAUAAAAGAACCAAUAAUUCACUAUGCGUCAAUAUGUUUCCGAUCGAUCUGAAGUAUACCCAAAUAGUACGAUUUCUGAUCCCAAAAGCACUGGGGGUAUAUGAUCAUACCUGUUUCACUUAUCAGAUUAAGGUGUUGUACCAGGAUUGGAAGAAGCUCAAAGAUCAAAAGCACCUAUUCGAUACGAAAUUGAAGAUUGAAUAUUACCUGAUUGGGGCUGAGAAUGUUAAAGAAAUGGUCAUUAGGGAUUUCUAA